UGGGCCGGUGUGGUCACUGAUCAGGCUCUCACAGCCCGCCAUCUUGUUGCGGCUCUACUACGUGUGUGGAAGAGUUCCUUCAAGAGGCGGGGGAUCAAGUUGCAGCUUCUUUUUUUCCCCCCCCUUCCUUUUAAUUGGAGAACCAGAGAGCCGAACGAAAGAUUGUUUUUAAUUGCUCCAAAGCAGGGACUGCUCAGCUGUUUGUUUUUAUUUUACGGAACUUAAAGAAUACAACAGAGAUGAGUAUCGAGACGCUUUUGGAAGCAGCCAAGUUUUUAGAACUGCAAGCCCAGCAACAACAGAAAACACGUGAAGAGAACGAGCUUCGGGAGAGACUCCGCCUCGAACAGGAAGCAGGGAAGCAAAGAGCGGAAGCACCCUCCUGCAUUCAAGCCACACAUGAUAAUCACCUGUCAUCAAGGGAGGAGUCGAGUCCAGAGCGUAACCACGCCCCUCCAUCAGCCCUGUCCUCUCCUCCUCCUCCUCCUCCUCCUCCCCUUUCUGCUCCCUCCAUUCCCAUCACAGUUAUUCCCAUUCCUGUGGUGUCGUCCAACCCAAUCCCAUCACCUUCAUCUCCUCACCUCAGUGUGCCCCAAAAAGAUACCCACUCACCCCCAUCUCAGCAUGUACUGCCCCAACGUGCAGCCCUACCCCCUCAGACGAAUGGCCCAAAACUGCCCCAGCCCCUGCAGCCCUACCCUAGCUCCAUCGUUCGAGCUUCCCAGCAUGCUCUGCUCCCCCAGCCAGCAAACACACCAGCACAGCCAAGCCUCAUGGCCAAAACCAGCCCUCCUGAUGAUCACCGCGGCCUGGAUGGCAAGAAAAGACCUGGAGGGGCAGGAACAAGGGAAGUACAUAACAAGCUUGAAAAAAACAGACGUGCACACUUAAAGGAAUGUUUCGAAACCCUGAAGAAGAACAUCCCUCAUGUUGAUGAAAAGAAAACCUCCAAUCUGAGUGUGCUGAGAAGUGCGCUAAGAUACAUUCAGACUCUGAAGCGGAAAGAGAAGGAGUAUGAGCAUGAGAUGGAGCGCCUGGCCCGUGAGAAGAUCUCCACCCAGCAGAGGCUGGCUGAGCUGAAGAACGAGCUCAGCCAGUGGAUGGACAUGAUGGAGGUUGAGCGGCUGCUGCGGCAGACCGUCCAGCCCGAAGACGAUCAAGCAUCCACCUCCACGGCUUCAGAAGGUGAAGAUAACAUGGACGAGGACAUUGACGAAGAGGGCGUGCUGACCUCGCCUUGCUCCUUACCCAGAGUGCCUCAGCCAGAGCUCAGGAAGCCAUCUCCAUCUCUGCCCCAAACGCUUUCUGUCCCAUCCAAACCCUCCCAACCUCUACCAACUGCUACUGUAUCCUCCGCCUCGGCCUUUGCCUCCGCCCAGCCUUCCUCGCCCUCGCUCUCCUUGCCCCCGGCAGCAGUGACCCAGCAGCCCCAGGCCAUGGUGGCUCCUCAGAGCCUGGCAUAUGGGCAUAUUGUAGCUGCUCCCAGCAUCCAGCCAACAGUAAUCACACAUGCUUCUUCACACGCCUCUGUCAUCCAGGCUGUCAAUCACGUCACCCAGACGGGCACCAAGCACAUAGCCCACAUCGCCCCCUCUUCCACUUCUUCCCCGUCCUCUUCCACCAGCGCCAUACAGCUGGCACCUGGACCUCAGACCAUCGGGCACAUCACGGUGCACCCGGUGACGCACCUUCCCACACUAUACCCACAACCAGUCACCAUCUCACACACCCUCUCACAUGGCCAGGCCAACGGCGCCCCAACGUUGGCCAAACAGACACCCGUUGGGCAUCAGGUGCUCGCACAUCACCCGCAGCUGGUGGGCCAGACUGUCCUCAACCCAGUUACCAUGGUGACCAUGCCCUCCUUCCCCGUCAGCACACUGAAGCUGGCAUGAGAGAACAGGCUGACGUGGGUUCUGUAUUUACUGGCACAAGCCCCUGCUAGUCACAUCCAGCAUUACAGCAGACAAAAGCAGUACAUUCCAAAUAAAAACAAAUCUAUGAAGAGUCUAAGACAAAUCUAUCUAAAUUUAUAUAUAGCUAUGUUAUGUUGUAUGGUAAAAGAAAAAAAAAAGUUUUUGUAUCCUUUUGUGUGGAUAAAAUUAGAUUGUGAUGUCCUCUUUCAUGCUGCUAUGUACGUGUGUGCAUGUGUGCGUGUGUGUGAGUGUGAGCGUGUGAGAGAGAUCGUGAACAGAAAGGUGGAUGAUUGGGCAAAAAUAUAUCACAAUAACUCGAGACAUUUUCACAAUGCAUCAUUUUUAGCAUCAUAUUUACAUUUGCUCACAAAGUGCCAGGAAAUUCAGUGCUACAGUUAAAAAACUGUACAAACUCUGAUUAUAUUUGGAUCCAAAAGUAAAUUAUCACAGAACUAAAGGGAAAAUUAACCAUUUAGUACAAAUAUAUAGUUUAAUUUACAAUCAGUUAUUUGUUAAGGGGAGUAAUAAUAAGAUUGGUCAUUGUCAUAAAAGAAGUAUUGUUAUAUCACCCAGCCCCUGGAGCAUAAGUUUGGAGUGGUGUCGUAAUCUUGACGAUUUCGACAGGCUACUGUGUCAUGCGUCUCAUGGUAUAGAUUGCGCAACUGUAGUGUUUUGUGGUUUAGCACAAAACCUUAGUGUACCUCACUCUCAUCAGCUGAUAGAACACAGUUCUUAUAAACCAUGGUUUGAAAUGUAUGUAUCAGUUUUUUAACUGCCCUUUUAUAUGGCAUUUAUUCAAAGUUUUUAGUCCACCCUUAUCAAAAAGUAUCUUUGCAGGUGUUCAGCAUGCAAUUUUCUUGAAUGUUUUCUUGAAUCUUUCCUAUCUAGCAUUCAGGGUGUUGCACUAUUGCUUUUCGAUUGUAUGUUGUGCGUUUUGGACAGAGAGACUCGAGGGAAAUCUUCUCCUGUGCCUUUAACCCUGCCUCUGUGGCACUGCGGUUCUCUUCAGUGCUGCACAGACGUCCUCUGGUGUCCUCUCUCUGUAACUGCACUCUCAGCUAACACACCAGCCAUUAGCUGCAGAACUUCGAUUCUGCUUGAGUGCUCAGUCUAGCCAGCAAAACACGAGGUCACAGUUCUAUAGCCAUCACUGUGCCAUGGAGGGGUUACAAUAUAGUAAAAGAAUUAAAUAUGAGAUCCUGAACUUUAUCGUGAAUGUACUUUUUCUGUGUUCAGAUGGAACACAUUCAAUGCCUUCAUCAUGUAGUAGCUGAUAAAUGUGAGCUUUAUGUUUGGCAGGAGUGUGUAUUCAUUGUAACGAGGGAGGGUGUGUGUGUGUGUGUGUGUGUGUGUGUGUGCGCGCGCGCGCGCGCGUGCUUGUGAUAAGAGUGUAUGGCAUAUUCUACUUUGUCAACUUCCAUCUGUUUAGUGCUGAUUAAUUUGACUGUAUGUGUUUGAUAGUGUGUUUGUGACUAAUAGUACAUGGUGGAAAUGCAAAGACGAUAUACAGUACAUCAUCCAAAGCUUCUGUGAAAAUAUCAGGCUGCAACAAGAAUGUGAUCCUGUAGGAGUGUAAAUUCAGAAAGACAGGUGUGUAUAAGCCCAUCACUAAACUACUCAAAGGUGGUGGAUAUUUAUAAUACUUCACAGACAACUGUGUCUUUACUGAACCACACUGAACACUCCACAGACCUGCAAGUCCAAUCUAGCCUGAGUGUCCUCUGAGAUUUGACUCACAAACCUCUAACACUGUGAUAUUGCUCAUGUGACCCACAAUAGAACAGCCCAAGUUUACGAUAUCGAUAUUACCAAGCACUCACGUAACCUAGCAGAGUCCCUUCAUUCAUUUCUAUGCUUCAUGAAUGAGAGUUUUAACUUCAUCUUUACUGAAAUCUGGUUGAAGUUUGGGUUCACACACACUAGGAUGCACAUGUUCACCAGUUAUAACACCUCUUCUGGUUCAACGUGUUUGAUUUGGCGUGUACAUGAAUGACUUGUUGGGGAAAACUGUUUUAGGGGACCAUAUACAGUACUGUAUACUAUGGGGCAACCUUUCUGACCUCUGUCCACAUUAAAUAUUAUAUAUACAAAAAGUGUGUUUUUCCCUAUGGAGAAAGUUUAUGUUGUGUAUAUAGCCUGUACAUUUGGGGCUGCACAGAUCUAACUGUCCAUCAUGUUCAAGUUCUAAAUGAAGAGGAAGAGCAUAACUAGAACAAAUGUUGAAUAAAUAAAAUCUUGUUACAUUUGCA